UUCAGUCAUGUCACACUACGAUAAAGAUCAAAAAGUAAUUUUGUGAUUCAAAAUUUACCCUAAAUUUUGACGCAAUGGCUGAGUUUCUACAUUCAGAGGCGGAGGAAAGUGAUGAUGAGGAAUUAGAACCCGCCGAGAGGAAAAAACUCAAGAAACUUAAGGCAGUGGAAGAGAGCGAUGAAGACGAUGAAGAUGACGAAGAUCGCAUACGAGAAGAAUUAAAGGACUUGAUCGAUGACAAUCCUAUAGAAGAAGACGAUAGUGAAGGUGAAGACAGCGAUGGUUCAAAGAAACGUAAAAAAAGCGACGAGGAAGACUUUGAUGAUCGCCUCGAAGAUGAUGAUUAUGAUCUCAUCGAAGAAAAUCUCGGCGUUAAAGUCGAAAGGAAACGUUUUAAACGUCUUCGAAAAAUAGAAGAUGAAGAGUCGGACGGAGAACAGGAGCUUGAGGUUGAAGAAGAAAGGGAUGCUAUCGCAAAUGAAUUAUUCGAAGGUUCAGGAGACGAACGAGAUGUGGAGGACGAAAGAAGGAGUGAAAGGAGUCACAGACACGAGGUUGAGAAUUUUGACGAGGAGGGGAGCGAAGGAGAUUCAGAAGAUGAUUUUAUCGUCGACGAUGAUGGUCGCCCCAUUGCUGAAAAAAGAAAGAAGAAGAAACCUAUUUUCUCCGAUGCGGCUUUACAAGAGGCUCAAGAUAUUUUUGGUGUGGAUUUCGACUAUGACGAAUUUGAUAAAUAUGAAGAUGAGUACGAAGAGGAUGAGGAAGAAGAAGAAGAAGAGGAAGACGAUUACGUAGACGUUGAUGUAGAGGAAAGACCCAGGAGGCAGAAAAAACAGCCCAAGAAGAAAUCGACAAAGAAGAGCAUUUUCGAAAUCUACGAACCGAGCGAACUUAAACGCGGACAUUUUACGGACCUCGAUAAUGAAAUUCGAACAACCGACAUACCAGAGCGAAUGCAACUUCGUACAGUGCCAGUGACUCCCGUAGCAGAAGGUUCCGACGAGUUGGACCUCGAAGCUAAAUGGAUAUACGAACAGGCCUUCCAUCGUCCAACAAUUUCUGUCCAGGACUCUCACUUGAACGCCGAGGCGAAAGAGAGAGCAAACAAGCCGCCACAAACGAUCGAAAAGAUCAAAAAGGCUUUGGACUUUAUUCGAAACCAGCACUUUGAAGUACCUUUCAUCUCCUUUUACAGAAAAGAAUACGUCCUCCCCGAAUUAAACAUCAACGACCUCUGGAAGGUCUAUAAAUUUGACGCCAAGUGGUGCCAGCUUUGUCAGCGAAAGGAAAAUCUACUAAAACUCUUUGAAAAGAUGAAAAACUACCAGCUUGACGAAAUAAUGAAAAAUCCCGACGCACCGCUGCCUGAUAGUCUCAGGGUGAUAAAAGACAACGACAUUGAACGCUUGAAGAAUGCUCAAACUACUGAAGAAUUGAACGACAUUUAUCAUCAUUUUAUUUUAUACUACAGCCACGAUAUUCCGGCUAUGCAGGAAACUGUCAGGCAGAAGGAACGCGAGGCACGAAAAGAAGCACGGCGACAAAAAAGAAAGCAAUUAAUUUUGGAAGCAGAAGAAAAUGGAGAGGAUCCUCCUCCGGAAGAAGACGUGGAGGAAGAAGAGCAAGAUGAUGAGGAGGUUCUAAAAAAAGCUGCGAGAACCGGGCCUUAUGAAAUUUGCAAAAAAGCCGGACUGGAUACUUUGGCCAAGAAAUUUGGACUCACACCUGAACAUUUUGCAGAAAAUUUGAGGGAUAAUUAUCAGAGACAUGAAGUGGAUCAGGAGCCGACGGAACCGUCGACUGUUGCAAAAGAUUUCUGCGGGCAGAAAUUCAAAUCUCCGGAUGAGGUUUUGAAAGCUGUGCAAUUGAUGGUCGCUAUUCAGUUGGCUAGAGAGCCUCUUGUGAGGAAAUGUGUCAGGGAUAUGUAUAUGGAAAGAGCCAAAAUGUCGAUUCGUCCGACGAAGAAGGGGUUGAAGGAGAUUGACGAGAAUCAUCCGGCUUUUAGUAUGAAAUACUUGAAGAAUAAACCAGUGAGGGAUCUUAUUGGAGAUCAUUUUCUAAAACUGUUGAUUGCAGAGCAAGACAAACUUAUCAAUAUUUCAUUUAGCGACGUGAUUGAGGGAAAUACGAGUAGUAAUUAUAUUGAAGAGAUGAAGCAGCUUUACUAUAGAGAUGAAUUUAGUAAGAAUGUUCAAGAGUGGAACGAGCUGAGAGUUGGAAGUGUGGAAAUGGCUCUUACUAAAAUGGUAAUACCAGAUUUAAAGAAAGAACUGAAAACAAACCUUAUCGCCGAGGCAAAGGAAUGCGUGAUGCGUGCCUGCUGUCGAAAAAUGUACAAUUGGAUAAAAGUAGCUCCAUUUACCUGUGAAUUUCCCGAAGAAGAGGACGACGAAUGGGAUACAACAAAAGGUCUCAGAAUCAUGGGUCUCUCCUACGUCCCCGAUUACUCCCAAUCCGCCUUCACUUGCAUCGUUUCCCCAGAUGGCGAGUGCACCGACCAUCUGCGACUUCCGCAUCUUUUAAAACGUAAAAACAGCUUCCGCAAGGAUGAGAAAAUAAUGAAAGAAGCAGACCUCUUGGCCAUCCGAAAUUUCAUUGCCACGAAAAAACCUCACCUAAUUGUCAUUGGCGGUGAAUCUCGCGAUGCGACCAUGAUUCAGGCAGACAUUAAAGAGAUUGUCACGAACCUCGUCGACGAGGAACAAUUCCCCUCGAUCCAAGUAGAAAUCUGCGAAAACGAUCUUUCAAAAAUUUACUCCAACAGCAACAAAGGAAUCUCUGAAUUUCGAGACUAUCCAGAAUUGCUGCGUCAAGCAAUUUCCCUCGCAAGAAGAAUGCAGGAUCCUCUUGUCGAGUUUUCCCAACUUUGUACCGCAGACGAGGAAAUUCUCUGCCUCAAGUUUCAUCCUCUUCAGGACCAACUUCCACAAGAGGAACUCUUGGAAAACAUUUACCUCGAAUUUGUGAAUCGAGUAAACGAGGUUGGCGUUGACGUCAACAAAGCAGUCCAGCAGGCUUAUUCUGGAAACUUGGUUCAAUUUGUCUGCGGUCUGGGGGCGAGGAAAGGUCAGGCCUUGAUUAAAAUAUUAAAACAGACAAACCAGAGAUUGGAAAACAGAACUCAACUUGUUACUGCCUGUCACAUGGGGCCAAAGGUCUUUAUCAAUUGUGCCGGAUUUAUCAAGAUUGACACCAAUAGUCUUGGAGACAGCACAGAGGCGUAUGUCGAGGUUUUGGAUGGCUCGAGGGUUCAUCCCGAGACUUACGAAUGGGCUAGAAAAAUGGCAGUCGAUGCUCUUGAAUACGAUGAUGAAGAUGCAAAUCCUGCUGGUGCUUUAGAGGAAAUUUUAGAAUCGCCAGAAAAGCUCAAAGAUCUGGACCUUGAUGCUUUUGCAGAGGAGCUGGAGAGACAAGGAUUUGGAAACAAACGGGUGACACUAUAUGACAUCAGGGCGGAAUUGAAUAGCAGGUACAAAGACCUCCGGGCGCCUUAUCAAACACCGAAUCCCGAGAGGCUUUUUGACAUGUUGACCAAAGAGACUCUAGAGACUUUCUACGAAGGGAAGCUGGUUUUGGCAACUGUUAUUGGUAUAAGUCACAGGAAACCUCAAGGGGAUCAACUGGAUCAGGCUAAUCCGGUGAGGAAUGAUGAAUCUGGACUCUGGCAGUGUCCUUUUUGUUUAAAGAAUGACUUUCCGGAACUCUCGGAAGUCUGGAAUCAUUUUGAUGCUGGCUCGUGUCCAGGAAAAGCGACAGGGAUUAGAUUGAGGUUGGACAAUGGAGUCUCCGGUUAUAUUCACAUCAAGAAUUUGUCGGACAAGCAUGUCGCGAAUCCGGAGGAACGAGUUGGAAUUGGACAGAUUAUCCAUUGUCGGAUAACCAAGAUUGAAGUGGAGAAAUUUGCAGUAGAGUGUACGAGUAAGAGCAGCGAUCUGGCCGAUAAGAAGAAUGAAUGGAGACCCCAAAAGGAUCCUUUCUACGACAACGAGUCAGAGGAAAAGGAUCGCCAAGCUGAAGAGGAUUCAAAAAAAGUGAAGCAACGUCAAACGUACGUGAAGCGUGUCAUUGUUCAUCCAUCCUUUCACAACAUUGGCUUCUCGGAUGCAGAAAAACUCUUGAAAAAUAUGAAACAAGGAGAUGCGAUAGUCAGACCAAGUAGCAAGGGCGCUGAUCACCUCACAGUAACAUGGAAGGUCACUGAAGAUGUUCACCAGCAUAUCGACGUCAGGGAAGAAGGAAAAGAAAACGCCUUUUCGCUCGGUCAGCGAUUGUGGAUCGGCAACGAGGAAUUUGAAGACCUAGACGAAAUCAUAGCCAGGCACAUUAAUCCGAUGGCUUCGUAUGCUUCCGAGUUAUUAGACUUUAAAUACUACAAGCCAAAUGUUCUAGGAGUUAAAGAAAAGGCCGAGGAAUUGCUCAAGGAACAGAAAAAGGCAAACCCCGGUGGAAUUCCCUACAUUCUGUCAGCUGCAAAGAAUAUUCCAGGGAAAUUUCUUCUAUCUUAUUUGCCUCGAGUUCAAUGUCGUCACGAGUAUGUCACAGUUUCGCCAGAUGGUUUCCGAUUCAGGGGACAAAUGUUUGGACGAGUAGUAGAUCUGGUUCGGUGGUUCAAGGAACAUUUCAGAGAUCCGCUUCCAGGCCAGGCGACUCCGAGUACCCCCAGAGGAAUGAUGUCGACGAGGACUCCAUAUCAAACCCCAGGAGGCGUUAGCGGAAUGAACCAAGAAGCCAUUCAGAGAGUUGCUCAAACUAUGCCUCAUCAUAUUCUGAAUUCGCUCUCACAAGUGGCAAGUCAGAAGUUACAUUAUCAGCCCCAUACUCCAGGAGCUGCAGCUAGUUACAGUGGAGUUCACACCUAUCCAAAUACGCCUUACACUCCCUCGGGACAAACUCCCUUCCAGGCGAUGACGCCUUAUCGAACUCCCCAAACUCCAUUCUUGCAUCCCGCGCCUGUAGUAAUUCCACCUGUUCAUCACAGCAGUCCUAAUCUUUCUCACAGACCCACACCUCCCAUGAAUACUUCCACCGGAAAUAACAUGGACUGGAAAAGAGCUGCAAUGGCCUGGGCUCGACAAACUGGUCCAAAUAAACCAUCUGGCAAUACUCCAAGAUUCGACGAUGUCAGGAAAACACCACGUCGAUACGACAGUGACGAGAGCCGCCACUUUAACCCGGAGGACAAUCCUUUCACAAUAGGAUCUUCUCGGGACAACACGCCGAAGCAAUCCUUUGAUGACAAUCCGUUUACCAUCGGUUCUUCUCGAGAAAAGACACCAACAUAUCCAACGACUCCUCGAGGAAAAUCGCCAUUUUAUUCGCCGGGUCAAUCGCGAGGAAAGUCGCCCUUAUAUGCGAUGGGCAUGUCUCGAGGAAGGUCUCCUUCAUAUCCCUUGAAUCGCGGCAAAUCGCCCAAGUACAGCCAAAGUCCACGCGGGAGAAGUGGCAAGUUUAACGCUGGUCCCCCGAGGGAAAAAAGUCCUACGCCCUUUGACGACAAUCCCUUUACAAUUGGUUCCUCUAGGGAUAGACAACGAGCCGAGGAACCCGAGGACGACAAUCCUUUCACGAUUGGCUCCUCUCGUGAGAAGCUCCGGACUCUGCCGUACAAAUCGCCCCGGAGCACUACUCCCUUGACAAGUUCUAGUCCAAGGAGUAUGUCGCCAAGUGGAGACGGAACACCGCUUUACGACGAAAGCUAACCAUAAGGCGUUCUCUCCAACGGUUUUUUGUCGUAGCUUUUCAAGAUUCCCAAGAGUAUUUACGAGAUCAAGUCAAGUUUUUAAUAUCGACUUGUCCAAUCGACGGGAAUUCUCGAGACAGUUCCAAAAUAGCACCUUAUUAUUUGGAGACUUUAAUAUAUUCUAUGGUUCGAAAUAAGAAAACGUAUUCUCCAGAACAUUAUAAUUCUCCUAGAAGCUCAUUAGGAUUCUUAUUUUGUAGUCUACAAGUUGUGUAAUCAAACAUGUAGAUGAGAAUGUUUCAACAUACGUGUGCUAUUGGAGAAUGGAAUGUACAAAGCAAGAGGAAGAGAAAUUUUCAAAUAUCCCAAACUUUGUGGCAGCAGCGUUUCCUUUGGAAUUGGGAAACUGUUUUUAGCCUUUUCAGACUUUUUGCUGAUUAUUUCUAGUCGUUAUUAUUUAAGAACUGUCGGAAGCAAAACUGCAAGUUUCAGAAAAUUUGGUAGCGUCUCAUUAUCAUUCAAUAUUUGAUUUUCCUUUCUCUUGCUCAUUAAAUAUAGCAAUUCUCACUAUUUUAAGUGUCGACGAAAAUCGAUAAUUCUUGGUGCAAAACUGCUGUAAAAUGAUUUUAUGGUGCAUGUAACAACACGGAAGUUUAAUUGCCAGAGUGGAGAUUAAAUUAUUGAAAUUACAAAUCACCGCAACAGUAAUUUAAGCAAUGCCCAGCUUAGCUAAAGCCAAUGGAGAUAUAAACGAUUGUAUAUAUAAUUAUAUGUAUCUUCUUCGCACAAUAGGACAAAUUCAGAUUUUCUUCAAUUUAUUACGUUAUACGAAUUUUAAAUUUGUAUUUUAUAUUGGUUUGGACUAGCUCUUUGAAGUCCAACCCGUCACAUUUCUUGGAUAUUUCAUUGGAAAAUUAUCCUUCUCGAUCUCUUUUUUAUCACGUAAUUUUUAAUUCACAAUACCAGGUUUUUGCGCCUGGGAAUCUUGUUAAAUUUCAGUCUCAUAACUGAACGUCUUUUUAUUUAUUUGCUCGCAAAAGGAAUAUAAUGUUGGGCACAAUUUGUGUUUUUUAUGUAUUUGAAAUACAUUCUUCUCAUAUAUUUUUUACAAUGGCUAUACGGUGAUAUU